AUGGCCAGCAAGGCGUCCGGCCAGGCCAUCGGGGGCGACGCGGCGGCGGUGCCCGCGUCGCCGACGGGGUCUGCACCCGUGCCCACGGCCAAGGACUCUGCCGCCGCCGCCGCCGCCGUUAACGCCGUCACGGACGGUGUCGCCGCGCUCAGUGUAGGCGGCAGCGGGGUCGCGGCGGCGGCGGCGGCGACUGCGCCGCCGUCCGAGAAGCCGACGUCGCCCAGCAAGGGGGGAUUCGGCUCGCCUGGCCGGCACAGGACUCCGGCGACGGCCAAGAGCCCUUCGCGCAAGGCCAGCCCCUUCGCCAAGGACUCGAUAUCGACGCCGGGACCCUCCGGCCUGAAGGCGGCUGCCCACAAGGCCUUCAGCCGCGUGGGGGUGAAGCCCCCCCCGUCUGCCAACCCGGAGGUACCGUCACCGACGGGAAGCACCACCCAGGACGCUUUUGCCAAGUUCCGUGCCAUGGACUCCAACUCCAAGAAGGCGAGCGGCUCCGUGCAGUCCUUCAAACUCCGUUCCCCUUCGCCCAAGGGACCCCUCUCAAGCGCGAAGCAGCAGCAGCAGCAGCAGUCCGCCACCGGACAAAUGCCCCCCCCCCAGAAGCUGGACUUCAGCGGCAGCAAGGCCUCCAACAACAACAUCAACACGCCCACCUCGUCCUCUACGUCUUCCCUGAAGCGCGGCGGCGACGCCGCGGGCAGCGGCGGCGAGGGCACCCCGUCGGCGGCCAGAGCCCGGGCUGAGGCGGCGGCUAAGGCUAAGUCUGAGGCCGAGGCGGCGAAGGCGAGGUCGCUGGCGGAGAAGGCAGCGACGGACGAGGCCCGGCGCGACGCCCAGGCGAAGGCGGAGCUCAAGGCCCGCGAGGCGGCCCUGAAGGCGGCCGCCGAGAGGGAGGCCAAGGCCCGCAAGCUGGAGGAGGAGGAGAGGAGGAGGAAGGAGGAGGACCGGAAGAGGAAGGAGGCCGACAAGAAGAGGCGCGCCGCGGAGAGACUGGCGGAGAAGGCGGCCGCAGCUGAGGCCCUCCGGAAGGCCGAGGAGAAGAAGCGGGCCGAGAGGCGGGCGGCCUUGGAGCAGAAGGCGGCGGCAGCGGCGGCGGCCGCGAGGGAGAAGGCCGAGGCUGCUGCUCGGGCGAAACCGGUCAAGCCGCCGACGCCCCCGCGUGUGGCGGUGAAGCCCCCGCCGACUCCGCCCCGCCCCGGAAACAAGGGCCAGGCGCAGGCGCCGCCGCCGCCUACGCCUCCGCGGCCGGUGGCAGCGGCGGCCCCGCAGGUGCCUUCGGCGUCGUCUUGGACGCCCUCGAAAUCGUCGGGAAGCGCGGCAGAGGUCCGCCAGCUGGCGCUCGCGAAGAAGAAGGAGGAGAUCGCCAAGAGGAUGGAGGAGAUCAGGAACAAGAAGACGAAGGGCACGGCUUCCACGCCAUCCCCGGCCCCCGCUGCGGCGACCAAGCCUCCGGCCGCUGCCGCUGCCGCCGCCCCCAAGCCCGUUCCCAUCCCCGUGGCUACCCCGGUCAAGUCCGUCCCGGCGGAAACCAAGGAAGAGCGCGAGAGCUACGACGCCUACGAUGUCGAGCCGGAGUCCGGGUCUGAGUCGGGAGAGGAGGAGGAGGAGGCGGCGCAGGAGAUCCAAGAGCCGCAGGAGCCCAGCGACAAGUCCGCGAUUCCUGACUGGGCCCGCGGCAAGGCUCUCGCCAAGAUCCUGGACAAGCAGUACGGUGGCCCGAACCCCCUCAACCCGGACAAGAUAUUCCCGGAGUUCUUCACGUGCAACCUCGAGCACAUCUUCAACACCAAGAAGCAGAAGUGGGACCGCAGCAGCAGCGGAAACUGGCACACCGACCGCCUUACCAUCGCCGAGAAGCUCGCCUACCAGCGCGCCAUGGGCUUCGACAAAUAAGAGCAGAGAUCUACUGCUAACCCUUUGGAUCGAAAGGUUUUUAUGUCUUGUGGUUGCACGUAGCCGUACAUUUAUCUGUGUUUCGAAGGGGGAUUAUGUUGUCUUGUUUGGGAAGAGUCCUGCCGGCCGCCUUUCUUCGCUAGUAGAGCAGGCGGAGUGACAAGCCUAGAUAUAGGGGUAUAAACACCACCCUUAUCCUAGCGCAUUGUUCGACCUGCUGAGUUUCAGGGGCGGAGAGAGGGGGGGUGGGGAUUCUGUCGUUGGCACGUACCUUGCCGGGGGGAUUGUUAAGCGGCCGAGAGAGAGAAAGAGUAAUUGAAGGGACCUACGGCAACCCCUAUUUGCACGACGCGAGUGCAAAUAAGACCGUGCACGACUCGACUUGUGAUUGGUCAAAACAGCGCGCGCAGCGUGCGGACCACGUUCUGACGUGCGGGCCACGAACGUGGCGCAGCCGCGUUCGUGGCCAGUCUCGCCACCACGGCCCCGGUUGGACGUCCGUGAGGGUUAGGGUUAGGGUUAGGGUUGGGUUGGGUGGGUUGGAUUGGGUCGGUCACGUGUGUGUAUAACCCAGUUUCAACCCAUCCACGGAGGCGUUUCGAAGCGUGCACGUCUUAGUUGCACGCGCAUCGUGCAAAUAGGGGUAGCCAGGGACCUACCUGAAAAUUGUGGGAUCUGCUCUGCUUUGGUCAGCAUGUGGGGCGAAGGUCGCCGUCGUAGCUCCUCGAUGAAGGGCACUGUGUUUUUUCGUUAUGAAUGUUGACGCCUUGACACGAUCGGGCUAAUGGUAGGCCCUUGCGGGGGACGUGGAGUGCAAGAUGAUGAAUGCCGACCGCGGACUAUAUUGAUCGAUUAACUGGAGUUUGAGGUGGAAGUUAUCCUGUCCUCAUUUCGGUUGUGGGUUGGACGAGGCCGUUAGUCGCAGUCGGUAUGGGGGCUUCUUGUGCUUCUUGUGGUUAAAUCAGUGGGUUGCGGUAGCACGUUGCUAACGUAUUCAUUCGUGAGAAGCAACAAGGAAAACGUUGUGUAUGACUGAUCAAUUUGUUGCAAGACAGAAGACACAUUCGAGGUGCGUGUGAGCAAAUUAUUUCCUUCACCAAACAAGGAAGAACUCUCAUUGUAGUUGCUGUGGCUUGGUUGUCCGAAUCGGAAGUGAAGUGGGCGUGCAAUCCACAAACCUAGUUUGAAUAAUAGUUAAAAUCAAAUCUACGGCGGACGAGGUUCGACGGGAUGCGUGCGUGUUGGCGUGCCGGCCGUGAGUGGCGGGGGGCGCGGGCGGGCACGGGCAAGGGUAGUAAUGUCAAUAGGUAGGAUCCGAUUUCCAUGUGACGGCUUGGUUGACGGUGUGCCUGCCUCGUGGGUUCUUUGCCUUGCCCGGUGGUAGGAUAUAUAUAUAUAUAUAUGAGUGUGUUGACGACCACGGACGGACGUACGUGCGGUUGCAGUGGUUUGUCACGGGAGAGGGUAGUCGAGAAAGGUUAGUUGUUGGGAUUAGAAAUUAAUUCUUUGUUUUGUCUCUUCAAGUUUGGGUCAUCCACCAUCCAUCCUUGUCGUGCUCCUCGCAGUCAUUCAUCGUUUGUUUACUGAUUUGCUUCUUCUUCCUGUGGAUAGUAGUAAGAAGUAGCUGUCGGGUGUGGGUGGUGUUGCUGCUGCUGCUGUUUUUAUUUU